ACCGUUUGCCUAUGCUGGCAACAGCUCGAUUUAGAUGCUGUCAGUAAGGUGCAAGAUUGCACUAAAGAAAUUUCCCAUGCGCCACCUAGGAACGAAUAGAAUCAUUAAACGGAAAUAUUUCAAAUUCAAAUAUAUUGCGUCGUAGAGAGUCCAAUAAAUCUACCAGUGGAAAAUUCCUAGUAUCUAAAUAAAAAGCCAAUGGAAAAUUACACUCUCUUUGAUCUGCCAAUCGGAGGAUAUUGCGCAGUUGAAUUUAGGCUGUUAACAAUUUAUCGCGCGUAUCCCUCAUCAGAUUAGUGGAGUGCUUUGUAGCGAAUAGACCAAUUUUUUGGAGUGAAUAGUAUCAUUUGCCAAGUGAAUAAUUAACUGUGCUUUGGAUAUUUCUAAACUCGAACUAAAUUUGUCGAAAUAGUGUUGGCAAAGAACAAAUAAAUAGUGAAUUUAGUAAUUGAAUAAAUUCAGGUAAGCCUAAAUACCAAACCAUUCAGUGAGCAAUUAAGUGAUUUAAUCCGCGUUGCACAGGACAAUCGUGCCCAAGCAACGUGGGCACUUAGUCCGGGGUGGACUUAGUCCGGAGUAGAAGCUGAUCGAAAGUUUGGCCCUGAUUCGAAUUGAGUCGUGAGUGGAUCAUUCGUCGCUUCCAAAGGCAGUGAGGACAUCUGCCGGUCCCUCGACUGAAGCGCAGUGCUGUCGGCGGCUCUGAAACCUAACGUUAGCCAUUCGUCGGACUCGAGUGUGUCGUGCAACAUCACACCCAAGCCAUAGUGUCAUCGCCCGUCAAUAAGUCGCUCGGCGUAGGCCCACGCAACAUAAUCCAACGGCCAUUCACUCCACACACACCGGGAACGCAUCUACCCCGACGCCGGCGCGCGAGGCACGUGCGCAUAGAGUGGACGAGUUAGAGCCCGACACCGAUACUCGUUGGUGACGAUCAACGAGGUGUUGUAUUUUGCGGUUGGUGAGAUCGAGGUCGACUACAGCCUGUUUUGCGGACUUCCGACGCUGGAUCAAGGAAGAAAAAGGUCAGAUCUGAUCAAUUAGCUCACUUUUUGUUGAAACUAUUAGAGCCUAAAAGUUAAUCAAGCGUGACGUCACCCUAGGGAAUAGGUUUGCUUGAAUUUAAUAAAUUAUCGCCUGGAUUCAAGAUUUCUAAAAUAAAUCCACACUAAAUUUUGCUCGAUAAAUUUAGUUGAAAUUGUUUCGCGUUCGACCUUUGAAUUAAUCGAACAAAUUACUUCUAGUUUAGAUUAGUAUUCCACUAUUUUAGUCGCGUCACGCAAUAAAGAUUAAUUUUCCAAAUAAAUUGUUUUAAGUUUAAUUUAGCUCGACAAUUCCACUUUUGACGGAUCAUUGAAGGUUUUCUUAGUUUUUUUUUUCGUAGUUUAUUAUUGAAAUGAGUCUGGAUAGGUUUGUUUGAUUGCCUACGACGUUUGGGUUCAAAAGUGAACAUUCGAUUCUAGUGAACUGAGUUACCUGCCCUGAGAAGGCAGUCUCUUCCCGGGCAAAUUUGACUGAGUAACGGUCCUUCUUUUGGAGGUGGCGCAUAAGCCGUUUGCUUUGAAAUAGAACGGAGCGUUACAUUUUGGCGCCCAACGUGGGGCCUGAUAAUAGUGCCUUGACGUUUUUGGAAUUUUUGUAAAUAUUUGAUUUAGUUUGAAAUUUUGUAGUAUCAUAGAGUUUGUUGAAUUGAAUUUGAAUCAAAUCGGAAUUUAACCUAGGAUUAAAAGUUGUUGGAAUUCGUUGAGCAAAUCUAGUAGUAAGUUAGGAUUACAGUUUCGGAAAUCGGUGAAUUCGUUUUAGUUUAGUUUCGGUUAUAGUUUUCAUUGAAUUCGGUAUUUUUGAAGAACAAUCGUUUUUUUUGCAUAUUCUUUUCUAUUUCGUGUGUCUUUGUCCUACUAUUUUUCUUAGUUUGUAUAAGUGAAGUGAUAUUUAAGUGCAAUUUGAAGUGAAUUUGAUUUUGCACUCUACGUGAAGCAUAAUGGCUAAUGCGAACUACCGCCUAGAUGACCUUGCGAAUGUAAACCGUACCACGAAUUCGCAAAGAACGCUGGUCACACCACCGGGUUCGGAUUAUGCCGAUUCGUUGGAGGGUGCAGUUGGUGGAUUGAACCCCUCUCGCACGCCGCGGAUCCUAUGGGCAGACCAAAUGAUGAUGGGUGCUUCCGAUGGCCGAUCGGGUCCCGACCGGUUGUCUUUGGACAGUCGCUUUCCAGCGCAGAAUAACCUGCAGACUGAAUUGGACCGCGCAGCAAGAAUGCAGCUUUCGAUGGAAGGAUUUCCACUUCCUUUCCGUGGAGUUCCGUCCAGUACCAGGUUGGAGAGAGUGGAAGAGGGUCAUCCCGAGACCUCGCAGAUGUUGCCGGUGGAUUUGACAGGAUUUUCCGGUCCGAGAGCGGCGACCACACGGCAGAAUAGUACCAAUCCAUUUUGGAAUGGCGAUCAUCCGGAAACACAAGGCCCUGCAGGUGACACUGGUCUACGCGAACCGCGAAACCAGACGCUGAAUGGAUCGUUUUUGCUGCCUCGAGACGACGCUGUUCCGCUACUAAAUUCCACAGUGCAGCCGAUUUUUUCUUCGGGAAUCCCGACUACCAAUGGAGGGCCGACAAUGUCGCGGUCUACGUUCGACUCUCAGCCGUUAUCUUCAAACCAAGGUCACCGAAUGUUAGGUGCGGUUCAAACCGAUGCUACUGCAUUCCAGAGUGGAGCUUUUCGUGUAUCCAACGGGGAAAGUGGUGUCUCUACGCAGUACAUUCCGGGGCGAACGGAAGAAACCGCCCAAACCUGUCGUCAAGAACCUGGAAAUGAGAGGGAAACGUUGCAGAACUAUGUACACGUGUCGGAAAUUCAAAACUAUGUGCAGACUUACGUUCGUCAACUCUUGACUGGCCAUCCGAAUCGUCCCAUUGUUCCAGACACGACUAUGAACCACUUGGCCCAAGAAAUCGGAGAGAUAGGAUUACGUGACACCGGAGUUCCUGGUGUGUCACGAACUGCUGAUAGAGCUCAGGUUAGCUCUCAGGAUCCACCUAGGUUGCCAGCACCCUUGCAGAUGCGAAUCACGGAUAUGUCUGGUGUACAGCCUGAAAAUAGGGGAAGUUCAAUAAAUGACGAGACCCCUCAAGCGUUCAGGGAGGUUCUACGAAACUCGUGGCCCAGUUUUGUAAAUCCGGGAUAUCCUAGAUCUCCCGUUGGACCAACGGCUCGAGAUCAACUCCCAGAACCCCGUUUGCGUAUGAAUUACCCUUUGAAUGCUUCACCAAAUGUUCAACCGAUAAAUGAGGAAGGAACCCAAUACCAGAUGAGACGGGGUAGACUGCCACACCAAACUUGCAACAUUAUGGAAAAAUGGCCCAAGUUUGCGGGUGACGCAAAUCCGACUCCAGUGAUUGACUUUUUGCGACAAAUUGAACUUUUGAGUCGUUCGUAUCAAAUUUCCAAGGAAGAGUUGAGGACCCAUGCACACCUCCUCUUCAAAGAAGACGCUUAUGUCUGGUAUUCUGCCUACGAGCCUAAGUUCAAUUCCUGGGAUACCUUGUUGUAUUACUUGCGCAUGAGGUAUGACAACCCGAAUAGGGAUCGAUUUAUUCGGGAGGAUCUACGAAAUCGAAAACAACGUCCUAACGAGCUGUUCAGUGCGUUCCUCACGGACAUUGAAAAUCUGUCUCAGCGGAUGAACAAAAGGAUUUCCGACGAGGAGAAAUUCGACAUUGUGGUAGAGAACAUGAAGAUGUCCUACAAACGGCGACUAGCAUUAGAGGAAAUUUCGUCAUUGGAACACUUGGCGCAACUGUGCUACAGAUUUGACGCGUUGGAGGGAAACUUGUAUCAUCCUCGUGGUCCAACUAAAACACCGUUGGUCAAUGAGAUCUUCGUGGAUGAGAAAGAAGCCGCGGACGCCGAGGACCUGACCGAUGAACUGGAGGUAGCUGCGCUGCAGGCGCGUAGGAAUCCCAAGGACCCAUCAACGUCGAAUAUUCGGGCAACCAAUGACCGAAUCCAAUCUCUUUGCUGGAAUUGCAGAAAAUCCGGACAUCUGUGGAGAGAAUGCGAUCAAAAGAAAGGUAUCUUCUGUCACAUGUGUGGUCAUCCUGAUACGACUGCGUUCAGAUGCCCACAGCAGCAUGAUCUGCGGACUGCGUUCGAGUCCAAACCAAAAAACGAUUAAAGGAGGAGAUUUUUGGGAACCGAACUCCUGCCCAAUCGGACAAAAAGGUUCCCCAUCCCCCGUUUUCCA